AUGGCAAAAAGACAAAACACUAUGAUGAAUAAUUUUUUUAUAAAAAAGCCUAAAUUAAAUUUAUUGGAAAAUGAAGUCGAAGACACACCACAUACAUCAAGUUUAUGUCCAGAGUUGAACAAUGAAACAUCUACCUCAAACGUUAAUAUUUAUGAUAUUGGGAAAUAUUUGAAUCAAACUUUUAAUUGGUUUAAACGAUUUUCUUGGCUUGCUUACACAACAAUAGGCGAACAAGGAGCAAUGUGCACGUUUUGUGUUUUAUUUGCCAGGGAUUUCGGAGGAAAGGGAAAUCAUCAACAAUUAGGAAUCUUAGUUAAUAAGCCAUUUAAUAAUUGGAAAAAAGCUAUUGAAACUUUAUCCCAUCAUAGCACAACACAGUUUCAUAAAAAUAGUGUAAUAUUUGAGUUAGCACUUCGAGGGCGAAAUGAUUCGGGUCCUCUUGAUUUAAAUGAACCUGAUCAUAAUGAUGGUAAUUUUAGAGCACUGUUGCGUAUGCGAAUUUCAUGCGGAGACAAACAAUUAAUUAAUCAUAUUGAAAAUCAGUCUUUAAACGCUAUGUACAUAAGUCCUAGUAUACAAAAUAAUUUUAUUAAGAUUUGUGGGAAAAUAAUUCAAGAUAAUUUAGUUUGUAAAAUUAAUGCAGCGAAGUCGUUUUCGGUUCUCGUUGACGAAACUACCGACAUAUCACGCAUAGAACAAUUGACUCUUUGUAUUAGAUAUAUAGAUUCAGUAGAGACAACUGAUACUAUUAAUUAUGUUUUACGUGAAGACUUUUUACAAUUUGUACCGGUUCACAGCACUACUGGUCAAAACCUAGCCUCUGUAAUAAUAAAUUCAUUACAAGCACUUGGAAUUAACGAUAAAUAUAUGGUCGGUCAGGGUUAUGAUGGCGCUGCGUCCAUGAGUGGAAAUCUUAAAGGCGUCCAAACUAUUAUAAGGGAAAGUCAUCCAGCAGCACUUUACGUGCAUUGUAGUGCGCACUCUUUAAAUUUAGCGCUAGCUCAUUCGUGCAAUGUUCAAUACGUCAGAAAUUGUAUUGGUACAAUAAAAUCUAUUGGAAAUUUCAUUAAAAGUUCGGCUAUGCGGACAAAUAUAUUAAAAACUAAAAUAAAAAACAUUUUACCUAAUACCAAGUGGACUAAACUGACAUCAAUGUGUGACACUCGUUGGGUUGAAAACCACAACGGAAUUCAAAGAUUUGUUGAAAUUUUUCAACCCAUUGUUGAAACUUUGGAAGAAUUACAAUUAGUUCAAGACAUCAAUACGUCAUCAAAAUCAAUUCAAUUUUAUCGAGCAAUAGUUACUAGUGAAUUUAUAUUAAGUAUGGUUACAUCAAAUACUCUGUUUUCAAUGACACUUCCACUGUGUAAAAGUUUACAAUCAGUUAGUUGUGACUUAGUAGAAGCUGUACAACAUAUCGAGACAAUACUAAACGAAUUAACUCAUUUACGUGAAAAUAUUGAUCAUACGUUUAAUGACAUUUUUGAACAAUCUGAACUUCUUUUAAAAUCUAUUGACGGAGAAGAAAAUAUUAGAAUUCCCAGAAUAGUAGCUCGUCAACAAAAUCGUGUGAAUAUUGUUACUAAUUGUCCGAAAACAUAUUUUCGUAUAGCUAUUGCAAUACCAUUUUUUGAUGAUUUUAUAAGACAAUUAAAAGAACGCUUCACUAACCAUAAAAAAAUAAUAUCUUCGCUGUGCUUUUUACUUCCCAAUAAAUGUACUAAUUCCGAAUUAGAAGCAAGUGAUUUCGAAUUAUACUCAGAGUUUUUAGAUUUGGAUGCACUUUCGAACGAGUUAAGACUUUGGAAAAGAAAAUGGUGUGAUAAACCAAUAUUAGAACGAUCUCCUGAAAUACUUGAAGCAUAUUCAAAUUGUAACAAAAAUUUUUUCCCAAAUAUUUCAUUUUUAUUAAAAGUUUUGGCAACUUUACCAGUAACUACGGCGACACCGGAAAGAACUUUUUCGACGCUGAAAAGAAUAAAAAAUUACCUAAGGAAUGCAACUGGAGAAGACCGAUUGACUGGCCUAGCAUUACUCAGUGUACAUAGGAAUAUCGUUGUAGAUCCAGAAGAAUUUUCAAAUCUCAAAUAG